AUGGAACACAGAUAACUAUUAGAAACUCUGGUUGUCGAUUUAUUAAAUAGUCCUGUCAACCCAUUAAUUUAAUAUCGAGACUUUCAAAUUUAACACAUUUGUAAAUAAAUAGGAGUUAAUGAAUAUGGAGGUUAAAGAGAUGCAAUUUUCUUUAAGCAUUUUGCUUCCCAUUUUAUUUCAUAUUUAAAUGAAAAAAAUGAACUUUCAUCUAUCAUUUAAUAAGCUCAAAUAUCUAGAAACUAGUCUAAAGCACAGGAACUAUAAGAAAAUAAAUAAAUUGCAUUACCGCAAAAAGUUUAGUAAUUUGUAAGUCCCAUCUGUGUAAAACCAAAAAAUGAUACGGCUUAAAUAAUUGAUGAUGAAAUAGGGGACUCCAAUAAGCGAAAAAUUGAUUUGGAGACAUUUGUACCUAAAUCAUAUAUGCCUGUGCCAAAUUUUAUUGGGGUUAAUUUCGACAUUAAUAAUAAUCAAUUUAAUAAAACAAAUGAUAACUCUAAACAUACAUCUACAAAAACAGCAUCAACCAAAUAGGAUAAUAAACCUAAAGAUUUGAAAGUCAUUCCUGAUCUCAUAGUCAAAAAGAAAAAUGAGAAAACCCCUCAAAAAAUUGACAACAAUAAUAAAACAUAUACAUUUCUUGAACCUGUUGAAUUCAAGGAAACUUAAUUAAAUAGAUCUCUGCAAUCUAAAACAGAGCUCUAAAAUAAUUGCAAAAAGAAAAAGCUGUCCCCAUCUUUGGACUUAAUUAAAAAAAAAGAUAUCAAACCAUUCAAACCAUUCAAACCAGAUUCUCAAUCUGAAUCACUUGAAAUAAGAACCUCAGAAGAUUUAUCAAUGAGAGAAGAUAGCAUUAAAAGGAAAGAGAACAUCAAAUUAUAAAAUAAAUAAGAGAAGAAAUUAAGUAAGGACUUAGAAAAUUUUAAUAAAAAAGAAAAACUCUAGAAAAUUGAAAAAAAAAAACAUUCAGAAGCUGAUAUUAAAUAACAACUUGAAAAAUCAACUAAAUAGAUUAUUCCAAUGAUUGACAAAAAGGAAAGGAAGAAAAAAGAAAGGUUGGAAAUUGAUAAAUUAAGAAAAGAGAAAAGGGAAUUAGAAAGAUAAUAAUAAUUAAAAGAGAAAAAUUAAAUAUUAGAAAGAUUAGAAAAAGAAAAAUAGAAUAAAGAGAAAUUAGAAAAAGAAAGAUUGGAGAAGGAACGCUUAGAUAAAUUUGAGAAAGAAAGAACAGAAAGAUUAGAAAAAGAAAGAUAAGAUAGAAUUGAACUCUUAGAAAAAUAAAGGUAAGAAAGGGAAAAAUAGGAUAGAUUAGAAAAGGAAAGAUAGGAAAGAUUAGAAAGAAGCGAUAAACAUAGAUAAAAGGAAACUUAAGAAUUAGAAUCAAUCAUUGAAAAAUUAUUAUGUGCUAAUCCCAAUGAUUCUUCUAAAGUUAAAAAAAAUUAAGAAUAAGUAAUAAUUGUUGAUAGCAAUGAUAAAGUAACCAAAAAACUAGAAAAAGAAUAAUCAAAACUAGAAAAACCUCAAUGUAAUUAUUGCAAAAAUAUGGAUUCCAAAACUAUUGAAAUCUAGGAUGGAGUAAGAAUAUGUACAUAAUGUUUGCUAGUAUCCAUCAAUCCAUUCUAAAAAAUCAUAACAAAAUUAGCUUAUAUUGAAUACAAAUACUCAGGAAAAGAAAAUGCAAAAACUUGCCAAACCUUCACUAUUGAUACUUCAACCAAUUGCAAUCUUGAAAUAAGAUGUGUAGCCUUGAAUAAAUAAGGAUUAUAUGAUUUGACUUUUCCAAUGUCCUGCACUCUCUUAAUUAAUGGAGUCACUAUAAAAGAGAUCAGACCAUUGUAAGAAAAAUCUAGUCUGAAAAAAAGAAGGGAUACUUCAAUUUACAUAAAUGUAAAAGAUUUAAUCAGAUAAAAUAACUAUUCAAAGAAAUUUUUAUUCUCUAUAAUAGAACGCCUAGCUGAAUAAUAAUAUCGUAAAGACACAGUUGGUUCAAUCUAUUGUUUUGGUUUGUUUUUGGUAGAACCUUUAAAUGUGAUACAAACAAUUGAGAAAUUUAAAUCAUUAGAUAUUUAACCAAAGAUUAAAGCAGACUAAAGUAAAAAAGAAAUAUAAGUUGCUAAAACAAUCAUUAGUCUCUAUUGUUAAUUCACUUUAGAAUUAAUUCAAAUUCCGGCAAAGGGUGAAUUUUGUUAGCAUGAAUAGUGCUUUUGUUUGUGUAGUUUCCUUGAGAUGAUGAUUAAGGUAGAACACAAAAAAUGGAUAUGUCCAAUAUGCAAAAAGGUGUGCUUCCAUUUGGUUAUUGAUAAAUACCAAUUGUUUAUUAUUGAAAGAAUCAAACAAUUGGAAAUUUCAAUUGACCAGUUAGCAUUAGACCAUAAUGGUUAAUUAGAUAAAGAUGAAUAAAUAAAUUUAAUAUUGUAAGAUUAAACAAUAAAAACAUAUUAAGACAUAGUUGAUAGGGGAUAUCGGAAUAUUAAUAAGAUUAAUAAAAAUGAGGAUGAAGAUGAUAUUCCAAUAGUAACUAAUGCUGGAAAGAGUUAAAAUUUAGCUAUAAUUUUGAUUGACGAUUGA